AUUGACAUUGUGAUUGAGGCAUAGACUCCUCCCUCGGUGAUCUGUGCAGAUUCGCCAUUGUUGUUUCAACGACAGCCGGACCGCUGUUCUGAAGAUUUGUGUUUCCUUCCAGAAAAUGCCUCCUAAGAAACAUAAGUGCACUGUUGCGGGCUGUAAUACUGUGCAUAGUUCUGUGUACUCGCUUCCGACAUCGGAGCCUCUGAAAAAGCAGUGGAUGGAUUUUAUUUAUGAAGAAAAUGCGCCUCUUACACUCCCGAAGUACGUUUACGUUUGCUCAAAUCAUUUUGAGAGUGACUGUUUUUUGAACGAGGGUCAAUUUAAAGCAGGUCUUGCUUCAAAAUUAAUCCUCAAGAGUGGAUCGUUCCCUACUGUUCGCGAUCCAACGACACCUCCCGAAGAAGCCAGCACAUCGACACGAAGCUGUAGGGAUUUUGGCGUGCAGACACAAACAUCACAGCUGUGCAGUGUUGGUACACAACUAUCAAUGAGGACGCUACAAACUCACCACAGGAGUAUCAGUGUCCAGACAGAGACAACAUUGGCAAAUUUUGAUGAUACUACAAAAGUAGUUUCGCAUACAGCUGUUGCGUCUUCCACACCCCUCAAAACUUCAUCAAAGAGACCAUGUCUGGUCCUUGAGGAAGAUGAAGAUAUCCUACAGGAAUGCUCUACAAUAAUAACUGCACAAGAGAGUGAUGUCACAGAGGCUGAAACGUCAACAACAGAGCAAAAAGACUUUUCGUCACUAGCAUCCAGCCCUAUUCAGAAAAUCUGUAAAUAUAUUGUCUAUGAGACAUGUAUCAUGGAACUGUUUGAGAUGUGCCCGGUAUGUCAUAGAAGCUGUCAUACAAGAUCACAAAGGAUUGGAACUUUUCUACGUGUUGAACAACUCUGCCACCAUUGUCAGUUCACACGUAAAUGGAGCAGUCAGCCGAUUUUGGGCAGUACUCCAGCUGGAAACCUUCACCUUUCUGCUGCUGUGUAUCUCAGUGGUGCUUCAUUUGUGACAAUUGAAAAGAUAUUUGCAGCUAUGAAGUUACAUCUUUUCAAGUACGACACCUUUCGUCGCCAUGCACGAAUGUGCAUUGAGCCUGCUAUUGUUCACAAAUGGAGAAACUGGCAGGAUGAGAUGCUACAGCAGUUAGCUCAAAGGGAAAAGGUCAUUGUUGGAGGAGAUAUGAGGGCUGACUCACCAGGGCACUCGGCCAAAUAUGGCAGUUACACAAUGAUGGACCUGGAAACAAACACCGUUGUUGACGUACAGCUCGUCCAGAGUAAGGAAGUGGGAGGAAGUUACCACAUGGAAAAGGAAGGAUUGACGAGAGGUCUUGACUUUUUGGAUACUCGUGGUGUGACUCUGGACUGCAUUGUGACUGACCGACAUCCGCAAAUACAAAAAUUUCUCAGGGAACGCAAAGUCAACCAAUUCUAUGAUGUCUGGCACAUAGAGAAAGGAAUUUCAAAGCAGCUGGAAAAAGUGUGCAAGUUGAAGGGUUGUGAGAAAGUACGUGAAUGGUUGCAUAGUAUAAAAAACCACAUCUAUUGGACUGCAGCAUCAUCAAGCAGUGGACCUGAAAGAGUGGCCAAAUGGACGUCUAUGCUAAACCAUAUUCAAAACAAGCACACACAUGAAGACAGCAAUUUUCCAGCAUGUCUACAUGGAACAAGCAGAAGUCGAGGCACAAAAAAGUGGAUAGCUGCUGGAACACUGCCAUAUCUCAAGUUGGAGAGAGUUCUCUCCAACAACAGAAUUUUGAAGGAUGUUGCCAAACUAAGUCCACACUACCAGACUUCUUCAAUCGAGGUUUUCCACAGUGUAAUACUACGGUUUACACCCAAAAAUGUGGUAUUUCCAUUUCUGGGAAUGUUGUGCAGACUAUACCUGGCUGCACUACAUUACAAUGAGAAUGCCGGGUGUCCUCAAGCCACAACAGCAUCUGGUCUACCGGUGUUCAAAGUGACCUUUCCAAAAGCCAAGAAGGGAGAAUACCGGGUCAGAGAAGUAAAGACACAAGCAACCUUCAGAUAUGUGGAUGACCUGCUGGACCUCAUAUUUGAUAAGGUCUUCGUUGAUCCUGCACCAUUUUUGGAUGAGGUUUUGAGGAUUCCAAUACCACCAGUAUUGUGUGCAGAGUAUGACCGGCCAGAGAAGGAGGAGGCCAUCUCUAGUAGGCUAUCUAGGUUCAAUCAAUAGGUGGUCGAAAACCUACAUAACUGCCCUGUGCAUCAGGAAACUCUCUUCGAAUCCUCAGGACCACACAGGCUGGAAUCACAACUCGAAUUUUUCGUCCAAGGAAACCCCAGCACCAACUCACAAAACUCUGAUAAGCUAAAAAUCUGUAACGUCUAAGACAAACACAAACAUAUACACACACACAGGCACAUUCUCAAAAUAAGGUUCAGGAAUUUUCCUGUGUUUUUUUUCUUUUCAUAUAUAUCUUUCAUUUGUUGUCUGGAGUUGUAAUUCUUGAUUUGUAAUUGAUUUAUGGCCAAGUUAUUUUUAAGAUUAAUGUCCUUUUAUUAAAAUUAUUUUAUUUUUAAUCUAAUUUGUAUAUGUCACUGUCUUUAUACAUAAUGUAAAUAAAGGAAU